GCCGCCGCACCCCGGAGAUAAAACAUCAGUGUCAGGGUUGAAAGGAGAAAGGUCAUCUGAAAAAUGGCUGCUCCCCUGGAUGACAUGUUUUCCUUCUGCGUGGACCCCGGUAAAGUUGCCAGCUGCGUGGAAGUCAGAUUUAUAGACAACAUUAAGGGGAAGGGUCUCUUCGCAAAAAGGAGCAUCAAGAAGGGAGACAGCAUUUUCAUUGAGCGGCCUCUCAUCUCUGCCCAGUUCUUGUGGAAUGCCUUGUAUAAAUAUAAAGCCUGCGAGUACUGCUUACGUGCUCUGGAGACUGCAGAGGAGAAUGCGAGGAGACUGAGCGGCAUCCCUGGACUCAGCCUUCCUCACCCUGAGCUCUGCCGUGUUCGACCAGAGCUGCACCAAGCCUGCCCCCAGUGCCAGGUGAUGUAUUGUAGCAGCGAGUGUCGACAAGCUGCAGCAGAUCAGUACCACCGGAUUCUGUGUCUGGGUCCCUCCAAGGAAGAUCCGGACCACCCCAUCAACAAGCUGAAAGAUGCGUGGAGGAGUAUGCAUUAUCCUCCAGAGACCUCCAGCAUCAUGCUUAUGGCCAGAAUGGUAGCUGUGGUCAAACAGGGUAAAGACAAAGCACACUGGCAGAAGCUGUUUUCUCACUUCUGCAGCCGGACGGCGAACGAGGAAGAGGAGAUUGCUCAUAAGCUCCUAGGAGAGCAGUUCAGAGGGCAGUUGGCGUUGUUACACAGCCUUUUCAAAGCAGCACUUUAUGAUGAUCAUCUCAGUCGGUGGUUUGUUCCUGAGGGUUUCCGCUCUCUGUUCUCUCUGGUGGGAACCAACGGACAAGGCAUUGGCACCAGCUCCCUGAGUCAGUGGGUUCAUGCUUGUGAUGCACUUGAGCUUCCUGCCCAGCAGAGGGAGCAGUUGGACUCCUUUAUUGACCAGCUGUACAAGGACAUUGAGAAAGAAACGGGAGACUUUCUAAACUGUGAGGGCUCUGGACUGUUUCUGCUUCAAAGCUCAUGUAACCACAGCUGCAUACCCAACGCAGAGGCGUCCUUCCCUGACAACAAUUUCCUGCUUCAUCUCAGUGCCCUCAGUGACAUCAACCCAGGAGAGGAGAUCUGCAUCAGUUAUUUGGACUGCUGUCAGCGGGACCGAAGCCGUCAUAGCAGACACAAAAUUCUGAGGGAGAACUACCUGUUUGUCUGCUCGUGUCCAAAGUGCGUCUCCCAGAUGGAUGAGCUGGAUUUGACAUCAGAGGAGGAAGAGGAGGAAGAAGGCGAGGCAGAAGGUGAAACAGAGGGGGAUGAGAUGGAAGAUGAGAUGACAGAUGUCUGAUGAAAGACUUACCCAUAUUGUUCUCAGCCGUUCCCAUUCCUGCCGCCACGCUAAGCAACAAUGAAGCCCUGAAGAAUAAAGACCAAGCCAAACCAUGAUCUGCAUUUCACCAGAGCUGUCCAAAUAUCUUACCAUCAGCACAUUUCACUGAUUCUUUGUCCAGUUAUAGAGGUCAAAGAGCUUUUCGUUUAAAAGGCACAUGUAUGCAGUGUUAAGUAUUUAUUGUUCUGGCUCUACUUAAGCACACUGGGGUUUAAAGUACAGCAAAGACUAUUAGUUGUAAGUGCUGACUUUCAAGUUUCAGGAGUUUGAGGUUCACAGCUGUUUUUACUUUUGGGGUCUAUGUAUAAAAGACCUGCAUAGUCACAUGCUAAUUCUCUGUGGGGUCUUUACAAAUGACCCAUUACAUUACAGUCAUUUUAUUCAUUGCCAAUAUAUUGAUUAGAGCAACUGUAAAUUAAAGUUGAAAGUCAGCACUUUAUCCCCAUAAGUUAUUGUGUCAUGUGAAAUCCAACAUGCAGGAGUACAGAGUCAAAACAAAACUCUGAUUGCACUGUGUCAGGUCCACUAAACAAUUCAGAAAAAUGCUCAUCAUUUCCUCUUCUCUCAAAGCAAAGUGAUUAAGCAAAGGGCAAUUGGUUCUCAGGUGUUUUUUUGCUUUAUUUAUAGGUUUCUUACAAGACUAUGCAUACUAAAUUGAAGAGGCGUUUUAUUUAUAUUCUGUUGUAAUUACAGUCCUGUCAUAUGGGAGGCUUCCAGCCAGUGAAAUACAGUUUGAUUUUCAUACCAUGAUCUAUGGGGUUAAGUUAAACCUUACUUAAUGUAUUAUGGAGACCUUGAAUGGAAAAUUGCUUUGUCAGUAACUGUUUGCCCUUUGUUGAGAACUGUAUUUCAAACCGCAGUUCCACAUGAGUGAAAUUGCUGCUGCUGGUGCCCACACAUGAAUCAAUAUUACAACAAUGACUGUAAUCACAAAUCCCAAUAUUUUCAGUAACUCAACAAAGAUUGGAAAAAUUGAAAGAGCAAUCCCAAUUUUCUCAGUUGGCGUUCAGUGCAGUGGCACAGGAGAACGUGGCUUUGUAAGUCACAAGUAUAAUUUAAAUAUUAUAACAGCAGCAAACAGGAGCCUAGCAGUUGUCGUUUUUACUACUCUGGCAUAAACCAUUGAAAUUGAA